GGCUUGGCCUAUCGGUUCCUAUAGACAAUUCCUAAUGCCCUUCUCACUAAGAAACUGUUACUACUCCCACUUCGACUGUUUCCUCCUAUAACAAAUCUCAAUCGGCUAAUCUACUUAGCUUGAAUACGAACUCGAACAGGGGGACGAGACCUCAUGGCGUGAGAAGAAGUUUUUGUCUGAAGAACCGCUAGGAGUACCUCUGCUCCCGAAUCAAUCCAUUCCGCAGCUCUUCCAAAUCUCGAAACCCUAAAAUUCGCAUAUGUAUGUUCUUCGCUUGUUGCUGCAACCGAUUGCUUUGGGGAGUACAAAACGACUGAGGCGCUGGUGAUUUCGACUCGGUUCUUUGCUAUUCUCUGCUAUUCGCUUGUUCUAUUCUUUGCUGUCGCUUGUUCUAGUCUUUGCUGGAGCUAUUCUGUAUUCUCUUCAUUGGUUCUAGAGGUGUUCCUGUUCGUCGCUUGUUUUAGUCUGCUGGUCGACUCAGAAAUCAAAGGAAUGGGAGUGAUUAGAGAUGGAAAAGUAUCCGGCUUUCUGCCGGCUAAGGAAGCUUUUGCGGUGCACUAUCCAGGGUACCCGUCAUCCACAGAGCGCGCUGUUGAGACUUUAGGAGGAACUGAAGGAAUUAUCAAGGCUCGAAGCUUGAAGUCGAACAAGUUGGAGCUUUGUUUCCGGCCGGAGGACCCUCAUGCACAUCCUGCUUUCGGGGGGCUUCGUCCUUGCAACAAUUUACUUCUGAAAAUAUCAAAGAAGAGGUCUUGCAAUGCCUCAACUGCCCGACUUUCUGAUAGGAGUAUAUCAGUUGCUUCUACUAAUAAGGAGGUUGAAGGACAGGCAUCCGAAGAAGAGGAGACCUCCCUUUGUGCGGAAAUCAUGGCUCGUAUCCCUGAGGCUUAUCAUUUUGAAGGGAUGGUGGACUAUCAGCAUGUUGUGGCAGUUCAUGCCGAUAUUGCACGGAGGAAAAAGAGAAAUUACAUGGAGAUGGAGGAGCCACGAUAUGAGAAGGCUGGUUUCAUGGAUUUGGAUCAGGAGGAGGUGAUGAUUCUGUUGCCACCACUUUUUGCUCCAAAGGAUAUGCCUGAGAAUUUAGUGUUAAGGCAACCAACCCCUUCAAUUCAAAAAAAGAGACAAGAGCACAAUUAUCCUGUGAUUAAUAUAGAGCCAGCCCUUGCUAUUGACUUUUACGUUAAAGAGAUUCCUAAGAAAGUAAGUUGGGAGCAAGCUAUUGCACAAGGCUCAGAGCAUUGGAAGUGGCAGAUGGUGGUUUCUAAGUUGUUUGAUGAGCGACCUAUUUGGCCUAAAGAAUCACUGAUUGAACGGUUGCUUGAUAAAGGUCUAAAAUUUAGCACGCAAAUGCUUAAAAGGCUCUUACUUGGAGUUGCCUAUUACUUUUCAGGUGGUCCAUUUCAAAGAUUCUGGAUCAAAAAAGGAUACGAUCCUCGCAAAGAUUCAGAGUCUCGAAUAUAUCAAAAAAUAGAUUAUCGAGUACAUCCGCCAUUGAAAAGUUAUUGUGAUGCUAGCACUUCCCAAGGGUUGAAGCACAGAUGGGAGGAUUUAUGUUCAUUUAGAGUGUUUCCUUACAAGUGCCAAACCUCAUUGCAGCUAUUUGAACUGGCAGAUGAUUACAUUCAGCAAGAGAUCAGAAAACCUCCAAAUCAAACAACUUGCACAGUGAGUAUUGAAUAUGAAACCGGAUGGUUCUCGCGCCACACGAUUGAUACCUUGAGACUCUCCAUGGAGGUGAAAUUUAUGUCAGUAUAUCCUAGAACCGGUGCAGAAAAAUUACUGAAAGUCACUUAUGAAAAAUUUGAGAAGUCAAAGAGAGCUUGUAUCUAUAAAGAUGUCUCAAAACUUGAUCACGAGGAGGAGCAGCCCUUUAGUGAAGAGGUUGUAAAUAAUAAAGAUGAUGGGAAAGAGAGCAAUUGUGAUGUUGAUGAAGAUGAUGGAAAUGAGGAUGACAUUGAUGAAGACGAAUUGCAUGAGGAACUUGAUUUGGCUGGCAAGGAGGCAGACAUAGUUUUGCAAUCAGAUUCUUAUCUAGAUAUGGAAAACAACUCAAGAAGCUAUUUGCAAGAGCUCUUUGACAGUUUUCCAUCAAUCAUUGGCGGUGUUGACAAAAUGCAAGAUGCUGAGACUAGUGAUGGAGAAUAUCAGAUAUAUGAGCAAGAUAGUGAUGACAAUGACUCUGGCAAUGAUGACGAAUGACAUUCUCUGGUGCUAAUGUUGUAUAAAAAGAGAUACUGAAGCCGAGUUUUGAUCUGGCAGUGACUGUAAGGCUGUGUAGCUGAAGCUAAACAGCUCAACUAAGCUCCUGUAAUGACAGGAAGUUCGGUGCAGAUAUGCAAUUGCUAUUAUUUGAAGCAGAACAGAUUUAUUUAUUGAGCAGUAUUGUUUGACAGCAUGGGCGAUUCUUCCAGUUAACAAUAAUGGAAUUCCUUUUUAACGGAGCAGUAAUAUAUAAGCACUGGCGUUCAAUGGGGAUGUUCCGUCAAUGCUAUGUUUAUGUCAAUAUUCUUCACAACACCAUCUGAUUAUUGCAGUUCUUCUGCUGCCUGCUGCUUGGCUGGUCAGUUUCAAAGAUUCAGGUCAUGUUUGUUUUCCAUCUGAAGCAUUCUCUCACGUCCUCUUUUGAAGCUCAAGUUCUCUGAGAAAUCAAGCUAGAAAUGAUAAAUUUGUGGAAAACUAGAACGCUUAGCAUUCAGUGGGUGAACUACAGCAUCAAAAUUUUGCUCUCUCUCAUUCAGCAAGUGGAGUGGAAGAACAGACGAGAGCUAUGACUUGGCAAGAACUGUAAUUUCAGAGUACUUGGUAAGGAGAGAUUUCUGGGAACAGGCAAAAUGGCACUUGUAAAUCUUCCAACAAUGAUUCUACAAAAGCCAGGAUGUUAAGAAAUAUGAUUGCUAAAUAAAUACUAGAACAGAAGUUUACUUAUUCCAGUUGAUACUGUCAAUAGUAAAUGCCUUAUGGAACUUAAUAUUUACUAAAACACAAGUUUUAUUGAGCUAGUUCUGGGUC